UCUUUAAUGCACUUUGGUCGAUGGUCAGGCGGAGGAGGGUGUUAUUUUUCUCGCCAAAGCAAAAUAUAACCAGAAAAGGAACCAGCAAGUGGGAAAAGAACCAAUUCUUCGGAGUGCGAAAACUAGACGGUGCUGCAAAUCUUUGCCACGGCUCGGCAUCGUCGUCAGCUCGUCGCAGAUUCUACGUUCCACGUAAUCCGCGAAUCGUUCGUUGACACUCGCGAGUCAUCUUCCAAACCAGCGAAACUUGGCUGCUUUCUCUUUGUUGUCUCCGAAUUUCAACUCUGAUAGCAGAAGAACUAUCAAUCACGAUCCUUUGAGGCCUGCACUAUGGAAUCGUGCGCUGCCGUUGAGAAGGAGGUGGAGAAAGUGAUCAACAAAUUUUCCGCCAUCAACGAUCACUCACAGCGAAUCAUUGGGGAUGUGAUUUCGUUCAUUGAGAAAUUACGUUCUUCGAUUGCCGAAGGUAAAUGGACCACUGGACCAACCGAUCGUGACUUCUCACGGUUUUUCCCCUUACUUACAGGCACCCCGGACGAUAAGUUGACCCCAGGACAGGUAGAGGUGCUGAAUGAUGCACUGUCGAAGGUGAAAGACAAGCUGCACCGUCUAACGACCGAACACCGUGAUUUGCACGGUACUGUGAGCAAAGUAGGCAAAGCCAUCGAUCGGAACUUUGUGGCGGACUUUACGGCUACCUCGCGGACUGAUGCGUUCCAAUCGGAACGGAAUGUGGUGCUGCUGAACAAAAUCAUGGCUCAGCACUUUUAUCGCCAGGGGAUGGACGAUGUCGCGGACACAUUGAUCAAAGAAUCGGGCCUUCCGGCCGAGGAUAUAGUGCCCGAGCCGUACGCAGAGCUGCAUCGCAUUUGGGAGGCAAUUCAUAACGGUGACCUAAGCCCUGCCCUUGAGUGGGCUACACGCUACUCCGAGGAACUGGACGCACGGAACAGUUCGCUCGAGUUCAAGCUGCACCGGCUCGCGUUCAUGCAGAUUCUGAACGGAGGUGUGCACGUGCAAACGGAAGCCAUCACUUACGCUCGCACCCACUUUGCCAAGUUUGUGCGACGCUUCGAGAAGGACAUCCAGAUCCUGAUGGGGACGCUCAUCUACCUGCCAAUCGGAAUCCACAACUCACCGUACAAAUACCUGACCGCACCGGAAAUGUGGAUCGAAACCGCCGACGUGUUCCUUAAAGAUGCUUGCCAGCUACUAGGCAUCAACAAAGACUCACCGCUCUCAGUGAUAGUGAAUGCGGGAUGCACCGCACUGCCGGCAUUGCUCAAUUUGAAACAGGUGAUGAUGUCCCGUCAGGUAACAGGCAUCUGGAAUGGCCGUGACGAGUUGCCCAUUGAGAUCGAUCUCGAGCCGGAAAAUCGAUUCCACUCCAUCUUCGCCUGUCCCAUCCUUCGGCAGCAAAGUUCGGAAGAUAAUCCACCCAUGAAGCUACUCUGCGGACACGUAAUAUCCCGCGACGCGCUCAACAAGCUCAGCAACGGGCCGAUAUUGAAAUGUCCGUACUGCCCGAUGGAACAAUCGCCAUCCGAUGCCAAGCUGAUAUACUUCUGAAUGGACCGGUGUCCCCGUUGCUCCCGUUCCCAACAUUGUGUGUCCGCCGUUUUUGUUCACCUCGUAUGACAAUUCUGUGCUAAUCUAUAUUAUCACUCCCUGAAUUUAUCAAGCUGUUACUAGUGUAUGGAUCAGAAGAGUAGUGAUCGCGUGUUUGCAAAAGUUGGGCUUCGUAGCCAUUUGUUUCGUUCUCUACUCGGCUUCACCAUCUAUCCACCUCCCGUCAGGGAGCGGAAGAGCAUUCUUAUAGGGUGGGGAAGGUGACUCACACCCACCGUAAAUGUUACUUAUGUUUUAUAGUAAUUCUCCUACGAUGCUCUGUGGUUGGUUCUUUUGGAACAACAAAGCAAGUUUGCCGUAAAACCGUCGGAAUAGGAACCACCCAAUACCGUACUGGUCUCAUUUAAUUUAGCCAAAUGCUGUAGCUAACCAGUGAGGUGGUGGUUGAACAUCAAAACAUGACUGACACGCAUGCACCCGGUAAAUGAGGUCUGAAGUCUACGGAGCUCGGUGAAGACAACAGGCGGAUAGGAUUGAUCAGACGCAGAAUUUGUCUCACGUCGAGGCUGUAAAUAUAUUUAUGUAUAAAUAAAAAUAUUAUAUUUUUUAUUGACGACAAAAUAAAGCCACGCAUAUAUCGCAAAUAGA